GACGAUGGCCUCACCUAAAGCCACGCACAAAAAAAAUCAAGUUUUGUGCACUCACACUCAAGAGAUAAUACAAGAAUCGUUAACGAUUCUACCCAGUUAUGUUCACCGAUCAAUUUUUUUUUGUUAAAUCCGGUUAUUAGGUGUUUCCUCCUCCCGCAUCUCCCUAGACGGGCGGGCUGAUGAUUGAUGGCGGAACUGACCAAUGAAGGUGGGGAUGAUGGCGCGCUCGGGGCGUCAUAAAGGAAGCGGACCAAUAAAGUGCGGGAGGAGGUGGGUCUAGAUGCUGUUGGAGUGAAGGCGGGAGGGUUGUGUUUGUGGUACAGGAUGGAGAGAGGAGAGGGCGCCAAGUUUAAGAAAGAGUUGGUCAGUAAGCUACUGUACUUCUAUUUUAAGGAUCAGAAAACCAAAGUCAGCGGUGAUGCUGUCAUCAUUAUGUCUGAAAUGCUGAAAAUAUUUGUUAUAGAGGCAGCAGCACGAACUGCCAGACAGGCAUCUAAUGAAGAUGCUAGGACAGCAGACCUUGACCAUUUUGAGAAGGUUUUGCCCCAGCUGCUUUUGGAUUUCUAGGAAUUGGAUUUAUUCCACUAGGUGGUGCUGAUCUAUAAUAUUUAACCAACAAUCGAUUGCCACAUUGAUAACACCAUUCUUCGAAUUCAGUCCACUGUAAUAGAAGUUAUGGAUCUUUGUUGACACUUGUUUAUAAUUUAAAUUAUAUUGUACACUUAUUUUUGUAUAAGCAAUUGCUUCUCUUUUUCUGACCAUGCAUGAAUUAUCAAACCCAAAAUUUUAAUUUUUGUACAGUCAAAACAAGACAUGGAAAAAGAUGCUUUGUACCAGACUGGCUCAUAAAUUGAGCUUUCAAACAUUGGUUUUGAAGUGGAUCAGAUUUUUUUCGAAUAUUUGUGAAAGUUUUGAAAUUAUAAUUCAACAGAAACCAAUUUAUAAAUGCACAUUAAAAAAUCAAAAGACAAAGUAAAUGAUUCUACCAUCAUUAUUUUUGAAUGCCAUUGUAAAUUUUUCUUGUACAAAUAAAUGAAAAACAAGAGAGUUUAUGGCUGUUGUACUUACCUCUGUUUUUAUAUUUUGGGUUGCCAUUGUGAGUGAAAGGAACCUAUAUAUUAAGCGACUGUCAUAAGAUAAAUUUUGUCCAGGAAUUUAUUUCAUUGAUUCCACUUGUACUGAAGAGCUUAAAAUACAUUUCCUAACAAAAUGGUGAGGAGAAAUGGAGCAGUGAAAAUAUGCAAUAUAAACUGAUCUAAAAAUAAUCUUGACAUUGUUGGUGCAAAUCUUGCUUCUGUCA